GUUAAAUCGGCGAUAAAGGAAACGAAAUUCGAAAAAGAAACGCCACAAAGAAACGUAAACAUGAGCCAAAAUGUUAUUAAACGUUUGUUGUUAGAAGCUGGUAAAAUCCAUAGGCCACCAAUUGAAAAAAUUCCAAGAAAAAUAAAAUUAGAACAAAGAGAAAAAAUGAAUAAGAACCUUCAACGAAAAAAAAAGGAAGAAAAACGCAUUUUUCGCCCUCAUUUCACGGACAGCCACAAAUAUUCUGGCAAUGGGCUUGUAAGCUUCCGUGACAGUAUUUAUCCUGGAGCUGAAAACUAUACCCAGUUCUCCGUUGCCCGACUACGGCUGUCACCACUAUCUGGAAUCGAAUCAGUACUUCCUGGCUUUGGCCCCGUAAUUAAUGACGUUUUAUCUUUUCAAUACCCUAUUCGCAUUUCAUCUUGCCGUGAUUCCUUGUCAUCCAAUACAAGUAUUUUUGUCGCCGUGAUAUCAGCGCCUUCCAAUUUCCAGAAGCGAGACUUAAUUCGACAGACAUGGAAAAACCAUUUAAAACUUUUACAUGAUGAGGGUUUGCUGGAAAUAGCUGGUUUUGGAUUUAUUUUAGGACUAACAGAAAACAGUGUUAUUCAAAGCAAAAUAGAAGAAGAAAGCAAAAUACAUGGCGAUUUAAUCCAAAUAGGAAUAUCAGAUUUUUAUCGCAAUUUAUCUCUAAAAGUCGCCGGCCUACUAAACUGGUUGUACAGAAUGUGUACCAAUAUGGAUUUUGUUCUUAAGGUUGACGACGAUGUCUAUGUCAACGUACGAAACUUAGCCCGAUUUGUCCGUGUUUAUCGACAGUCCAGUCACAGUGUGUUUGGUGCUGGAGACCCCAAUGGUGGUUUGCCUGAUCGAGAUGGAAAAUGGGAAAUAUCCGUCGAGGAAUGGCCAUGGAUCGAUUAUCCUCCAUAUUUUUUGGGAGCUGCCGUUUUAAUGCAUGGAAGCACAAUCGUUCCCUUAUUGGCUGCUUGUCAAACUACACCAAUGAUGCCCUUUGAUGAUGUAUACAUAUAUGGUAUAUGUACCGAAAAAGCUAACAUAAGGCUUCAUCAUUCUUCGGGACAAACAAGUGUCAUUCUUGGCCUGGUACUUUGGAUACCCACUGCAUGUGAGCUGCGUAACCUUAUAGCUUGGCGUAUAAACAGUGAUGAUAUGGUGAAAUUCCAAGAUAACAUGAAGAUAUCUCACAGAAAAGUCGACAACUUUUAUCACAACAACACCCAGUGUGUUAUAACGUCUGAUUUCGGCAUGAAGACUACAAUCGACUACACUAAAUCAGUCAAUUUCUAUUUUACUAAGUAGGAAUUGGAAAACAACGUUUUACGUUUUGAAACCAACGUUUUAAGCAUAUUUUUCUUUCAUUUGCAUAAGGGGAAGAUCUUUUAAAUUUUUCACCUCUGAUUGCUUGCCUCCGAAUUUCCUGACAGUUUCUGUUUAAUGAAAAAUGGUGUUUGCGAAGUUCU